GCCUUUAAAAGUUAAACUUCGUCCCUCUUUUGAGGAAACAGUUUUCACGUCAAAACAAAAACCCACCUUACCGAGCAAAGGUGAAAUUUACCUCUGGACAUUUCCUGUCUUCUUGCUCCACAGCCUGUUUCUGCUUCAUGCUGGUCUUCAGCAAUGUCAGGUGGAUUGACAAAACCAGCCUUUGAAUAUAAGGAGUGAAAAAAAAUCCCCAAGCAGCCAGUGAUAUGCACAGCGGUCUCAUUUUUAGCAAAUGGGUGUGCAGACAGAAAGCUUGAGACAAAGAGAAAACCAAAGAAGGAAUAAUAAGAGCUAUCGGGGUAGUAUAACUGCCCUCUCUUUCCAGGUAAGUUGCCUUCAGAAUGUGACUGAUUUGGUUUUAUGUGACAUAUUUCUGGGAAUAGUUAAGAUCUUUCUUUCUGACAAAAGGAGGCCUCUGUUUUUAGCCUUUGCUGCACCAGAUGGUGAGCGUCAGCUUUCUCAAAAACUGGGUCAGACUUUGGAAAAAGCUUUUUUUUCCACUUCUUUUUUUAAAUUAGCCAAAAGAAAAUUUCUUGACUUCUUCCACUUUUGUCUUGAGCCCACCUUUGUUGUUAAUCUUUGUUGUUGUAAAGCUCAUUCAGUAAUUUGAUUGUUGUGUGUUCAACAUCUUUGGGACAUAGUUUGAAAUGAUUGGUAUUGGAGUUUUGUCUUAAACAGUUUUUAGGCUGAUUUCACAGUAAUCCUGGUAAACAAUGGCUUCUAGAUUAUGUUUUAGUUGAUCAGUUUAGAGAUCAGUGCCAUUGGUUUUAGUGUUUUAAAUUUGGUUUCAGAUUGAUUAGGCACACACGUUUUACUAAAUAUCUGAUCUACAUAUAAAGUGUGUCUUCAUAUUUCAAUUUGCUUAGAAAAAUGUAUAAUUUUGGUCAGAGUUAAUCAUAGUCUAUACUAUAAAAUCAGAGCCCGGUUUACUUGCAUAAUUCUUUAGUUGCAACUUCAAUUCAGUUGUAUUGUGAAGUCAAAUUUAAGGAGGAUUGCUGAGUAAAUUGAUGAAUGGUUGGAUAGUGAAGAAGUUCAGUUCAGUGCUGGAGAGUUUAAGAGUAUAUUUCAAAUGAAACUGCAGUGUGUAAUAAGAUCACACUUGAUGGCGUUAUCAGCUUUAAAAGCACAGUGAUGACCCUUAGAGCGGUGUUUUUGUUACUGUACAAAUACAAAUUUAGCUUUGUAGUGUUUGAUUAAUUUUAAAUUUGGUAAACUGAAGUUGCUGGAACAGCAAUCUUGUGCUGGGACAAGGCAUAAACACAUUUCUUUUUAUACCACUAGAUGGAGAUCUUUACUUGUUUUUAUGCCUGUCUUGUUCGGACCUCUCUGGCCAGUGAUGGAAUCCCAAAAACACCGAAAGGCCAAUAAUAAAAAUAGAUUUUCACCAGUCUGUCUUCCAGCUUCAGUAAUGUAGAAUAGAUGUGAUGCAGUUUUUAAAUAUAUGUACAUUGAUCUGUGACAUGAACUGGGCCAACAAACUUUUGUUUUUGAUGUAUGCCCCGAGAGUCUAACAAAAAUGUUUUUAUUUUGAAAAGCUAAAUUGAGCUAACAUGAACACAGGCAGUAGAAUGGAUUAAUUUAGUUUUGCAUCACCUCAGUUAUAUAUACGGGUGAUAUAAACAGCAACUUUAACUUUGUUGUUGGUGAGACUUGCAAAGAAUUUGAAUGUUUUAUUUUACAAUUUAGUGAUGAGUUUCAGUGGCGCUGAAUGUAAAAAUAUAUAUAUAUAUGUCAGUCGAAAAAUAAUUACAAGUUUUUUGUUUGUUUUACUAGAUCAGGCUUUUGAAGCUUGUGUGGAUACUACACUUUAAAUAAAAGUGUGCAUUAAUAAAAAAUAAAUGCUCCUAAACUACCGGAACCACAUGACAGAAAGCUGUGCACGUACUGUACUUGUCAGGGGUUGUUUUACUUGCCCCUUGCUGGGCAUUGGUUGUCACUAUUUAUAAUACUUCAUGUCAGGCGGGCCUGUGCUGUGUGUGUUUAGGCUCUCUGUCUCCCCUCAGAAUUUUCCAGCAAAGAAGAUUGGGAAUUCACUAGUCAGCUUACACACUAAGCUGGUUUCUCUGCUUAUCCACACUGGCCAUUCUGUGUUCUUUGCCUUUUUUUUUUGCCACUUGCCGUUCACCGGGAUCCGCUGUGUUUUUUUUCUCUCGGCUGAAUACACAUCCUCAUGAUAUCUAGUGUUUCUAAUUGCUAUUUUUAGAUGAGUGGAAAAACUUUUGUCCUUCGCUCACCUUGGCGCUCAGCUGGCGGGGUGUAGUCAGUCUCUGGGCUGGUUUGCUGUCAUGCUAGCUACACACUUUGAUCUGCAAUGCCCUCCUCUGUGGCUGUUUUUCCCCGCAUUGGCUACAGGAAGCUCAUUCCUUGGUUGCUAGGGCAACCGAGGAGGAUGGCCCCCAGCAGGAGUUGGGGAAGCCUUGGGCUGCCUUUCAGCUCGUUGCUGUGCGGCAUGCCUGCUGACCUGCUGCUGGCUGGGGGGAGGAGCCAACUCUGCAGAGGAGCUUCUCCCAGCCCAGUAUGGGUCCUGCCGCCCCGCUGCCCCACCAUGAGACAGAGCUCCAGCAUUAGAGCUAGUGCUACUUUCUCCCUCUGCUGGCCACUGCGCAGCUUUGACUCACUCUGCUCCAGUAGUAACAGGAGCACAGGCGUCAAGAUGUCAUCCUCCUCAUCCUCCACCACUGAUGGACAAGGGAAGCCUAAACCUAAAUCCCCAUUUCGCAAGAGGGGGAGUCUGCAGAGCACCACCAGCCCUGAUCUGUGUGGUGCAUCUGGACCCAAACCUCUCAAGCCCCAACGAUCCCUACCAGGGACGCCAGUUUCUCUCACUCACUUCCCAAUUGACCUGCGAACAUCCAUGGAAGAAAAGUACAAAGAGAUUGCAGAGGAGCUGUUCACAUUCAGCAUGGCAGAGAGCGAGAUGAGAAGCGCACCCUAUGAGUUCCCGGAGGACAGCCCCAUCGAGCAGCUGGAGGAGCGGCGGCAUCGCCUAGAGAGGCAAAUCAGCCAGGACAUUAAGUUAAUGAAGGAGCAGAGUGUGGACACUGUUGAUGAUGGUUUUAACGAGAGAGAAAUGCCAAUGGAGCGAGAGUACCAGCGGGUCUCAAUAUCUGGAGAGGAAAAGUGCGGGGUGCCCUUCACUGACCUGGUGGAUGCUGCUAAGUGCGUGGUGAAGGCGUUAUUUAUUCGGGAGAGGUACAUACACCGAUCCCUGCAGACCUUUUGUAAGACCACAGCUCACGCCUUGCAGGACCUCGGGAUGAAGCCUCUGGAUCCGGGAGUCUAUGAUGAUAUAGCGGAGACCCCUGUAGAUGCUGAUGCCCCUGUCCACCCACCUGUUUCAGAGACACACCCCUAUGAUAAUCAGGACCCCAAGAAUAUGCCGGCAGACACAGGAUAUGGGUGCAAGAUGGUGGAUGGAGUAGUUCAUGUCUACACUAAGAAAAACAACAUGGACAAAAGUACAGAACUGGACUUACCGUAUCCUGACCUGAAGGAGUAUAUUGCAGACAUGACUGUUAUGAUGGCCCUCAUUAUCAACGGCCCAGUGAAGUCUUUUUGCUACCGCCGCCUACAGUACCUAAGCUCAAAAUUCCAGAUGCACAUCCUCCUGAAUGAGAUGAAGGAGCUGGCAGCUCAGAAGAAGGUUCCUCACAGAGACUUCUACAAUAUACGAAAGGUGGACACACACAUACACGCAUCGUCCUGCAUGAACCAGAAGCACCUGCUGCGGUUCAUCAAGCGAGCCAUGAAGAAAUACCCAGAGGAGAUCGUUCACAUUGAGCGUGGUCGGGGUCAGACCCUCAAGGAGGUGUUUGAGAGCAUGAACCUGACAGCCUUCGACCUGAGCGUAGACACUCUCGACAUGCACGCGGACCGUAACACUUUCCAUCGGUUUGACAAGUUCAAUGCCAAAUACAACCCCAUUGGAGAAUCUAUCCUCAGAGAGAUUUUCAUCAAGACUGACAACCACAUCGAAGGAAAAUACUUUGCACACAUAGUCAAGGAGGUGAUGUUUGAUUUGGAGGAGAGCAAGUACCAGAACUCCGAGCUGCGCCUGUCUAUCUAUGGCCGCUCCCGAGACGAAUGGGACAAGCUGGCUCAGUGGGCCGUCAAACACCGAGUGUACUCUGAUAAUGUGCGCUGGCUUAUCCAGGUGCCCCGUCUAUUUGACGUGUACCACACAAAGAAGCAGCUGGCUAAUUUCCAGGAGAUGUUGGAGAACAUCUUCAUGCCUCUGUUUGAAGUCACGAUCAACCCCCGCAGUCAUCCCGAGCUGCAUCUCUUCCUACAACAUGUGGUGGGAUUUGACAGUGUGGACGACGAGUCCAAACCUGAGCACCACAUUUUCAAUCUAGACAGUCCACUGCCAGCCAACUGGACAGAAGAAGACAACCCACCCUACUCCUACUACCUCUACUAUACAUAUGCCAACAUGACUGUGCUCAACCACCUGCGAAGGCGGAGAGGCUUUCAUACAUUUGUCCUGCGACCUCACUGCGGGGAGGCGGGACCAAUCCACCACCUGGUGUCAGGUUUCAUGUUAUCAGAGAACAUCUCCCAUGGGCUGCUGCUCAGAAAGGCCCCAGUGCUGCAGUAUCUUUACUACCUGGCUCAAAUUGGCAUUGCCAUGUCACCACUGAGUAACAACAGCCUGUUCCUCAGUUACCAUCGUAACCCGCUGCCGGAGUACCUGUCCAGAGGCCUCAUGGUGUCUCUGUCCACCGAUGAUCCCCUUCAGUUCCACUUCACCAAGGAGCCUCUGAUGGAGGAGUACAGCAUUGCUGCUCAGGUGUGGAAACUGAGUUCCUGUGACAUGUGUGAGCUGGCAAGAAACAGCGUCCUCAUGAGUGGGUUUUCUCACAAGGCCAAAAGUUACUGGUUGGGCCCCAGUUAUUCCAAGGAGGGUCCUGAGAGCAACGACAUCCGUCGCACCAACGUCCCUGACAUCCGUGUGGCAUACCGCAGCGAGACGCUGUCUGAGGAGCUUCAGCUCAUCACCCACGCUGUGCGCACGGAAGAGCUGGACACCAUUGAUGAGGAAGAGUCUCUGUCCAUGGGCCCUCUGCCAGGACGGCGCUGAAAUCGCAAUCAGUCGGUCUCAUCCUGUAAACCCCCCCCAACCCUGCUGUCCACCUACCAUAACACUGAAGAGACGUGGUGUGAGAGUAAUGCUGCUGUUCAUUUUACACACAGUAUAAACACCACCAACCAUCACUAUGAAAGUAUGCCGCAUCAAAAAGCCAAGGAUACGGUGCUGCCAGAGUCCCUCAGCUUCUUGUGUCUGAGUCAUUUUUACGUUGCAGCAGAGGAUUCUAAAUCCAUAUCGUUGUUAAAUCUUUUAAUUUAUAUUUUAGGUUUGUGACGUGUCCAGUCUCAGUUAGCAUGGGGAAGGUUAACAGGGAUGACCAGCACCAGAGUGUUUUCCUUUUGUUUUUGUGAAUGAAUAGCAGGGAGGCACUAAAGGCCAGUGUUUACAUCAGCAGACACACUUUAGUACAAUGCUCUCAUUCUGUCCUGCCACAGUUUUAAAAUGAUCCCUGUGAUGUUUUCUGUCAUUCAGUGAUUUGUUUUCAUCAGAUGAAACAGAGUGUGUAGUAUCUCUUCUGUAUUUACAGAAACUCCACUAACCAGCACAUUUCAAGUUUCUUAACAGCAAACCUGUUCUGAAUAUUGCUUAUCUCGUGUUUUACAGUCAUGCUGCUUGAAUAACUUUAAUGCAUCUAUCAUGUUCAUUAUACACACUUAUAAUGAAGGAUAACAGAUGCAGUUUUAUUGGAAUAAUUCUGUGAGAUUGUUGGUGGAAGUGGGGCGAACCUACACAACAAACUUUGACAUGUGGCUCAAAGCUUGAAGAGACUAAAUGAGAGCCCUGUAACAACAGGGGGUAGCUUCUGUCUGAAUGCUGCAGUGCUGAACAUCAGCCACGCACGGCGCGUGGUGUGGUUUCAGAUCAUUUAUUUGCCAAACUGUGCACACAGAAUUGUUCUUCCGUGAUUUAGCUCAGUUCCUACAUUCAGAGAAAACCCCUUAUCCCUCAACAGAGAAGCAGACUGCAAACAUUCCAUGAAGCAAACGGUACUUUUAGCUGCAAAAGUAUGGAGUUCAAGUAAGUGUCAAAAUCAUUUUGUGUUGUUGUUUUUGUAAGAGAAAUGCGUAUUGUAGAUUUUAACCUCAGCACAAGUUAAGUGUGGAUGAAUUCAGCACCGCCCGUGGAGAACGCCCUCACCUUUACUUUGUUGCGGCCAUAAAGAUACGGACCCUCUGUCCCCCUUUUCGAACCCUGAUCACACUCAUUCCUUUCCCGGUGAAAGCCAUGGAGUUUUUUUUUUUUACCCUUUGCAUGCAGUGCACUGUACAAAUGCACCAAGCCAAGACUUCACAGUGCCUUUUCAUUUUUAGCUUUGGGUACUGCAUGCCCAUGUCUCUCCAAACUGUUUACAUGUAUAAAGGUAUGCUCUUUAUCAUGCAACAAGUAUUGCAUAUUUUUUUCCCCUCUGUCACAUACAUAGGCCUCUAUGCUGUUGUAAAAUCCACGCCGAUGGAACUGAAACCAUGUAGCUGCAUACUCGGUGUAAAAUAGCUUUUACCAUGGCCUUCGUUUGAAGGAGAAAAGUUGAUUUGUUCGUAUUUCUCUGCUUAUAAGUGCAUGCCUGCAUGAAUAAUGGAUGACAGGAGAGAAUGAUUGUUAUUUACAGCAAGCUGUAAUGUAAAGCAUCUUAACUAAUUCAGGGCUGCAGACCAGCUUCUGAGUCAGAAAUCUGUUUGCAGUGAAUAAACAGAUUUCGACUCAGCUUCGUUCACCAUGUCGACGUGAGCAGACCAUGCUGGGACAUGGUUAAGACUGUCGCAUGGUUCUUGUAGCAUUUGUUUCUAACUCGCCCCGAAUCUGGUCAAAGCUGGGAUCACAUAUGUUUUUGUCGUGUGCACUCAUCAUGUUUAUCACACCACUCUACCUGCCACUGGACACUGUCCAACCUCCCAUCAAACUGUGAGCAUUCUUCUUAAACCUAGAUGCUACUGAAGAGUGAGACAUGACUAGCCAAGAGUCAAGAGUGGAGCCAAGAGUAGAAGACAAUGAAUCCGUAAAUAUUAGCCUGAAUAACCGCCUGUUGUGUUUUAGGACAUGUUUGCUUCAUAGAUGAUUAAAAUGAAAGAUGAGAGUCCAUCUUUGUUCAGCAAGAGUACGGUAGCUUCCUAGUGUUAAAGGGAUGCACUGGAGUUGUGCGCCAAACACAGGGGAAUAUGUGUGAUUGUUGGAUUUCAUGUAUAAAGUGUAUUUUUUUAAAGGUAGAGAUAUAGAGAUAAGAAAUUUUAUAUUCACAAUUUAUUGAUCUCAAGGUCUAACACUUAGUUUUGUUGCCAUUAAUAAUUGUGGAUUAGUGUUAUGUCAUGAAAAUAAGUUUUUUUUUUCAAUGAGGUUUUAUUGUUUGUAGCCUUUUAAAUUUGGUAAAGUAAUUGGACACAACAUUUUAGUGUCUGUUCUGCCUAUUUAAUAUUACACUAACCCUCAUGUUUUAGUUUUCAUUCCUGGUAGUUCUCAUUGUCUUUGCACACCAGCAACAUUCAUGAUAUAAAAGUAUACGACUGAUACCUCUUACUUUUAAGCCAAAAGUUGUCUCUACAGUAGCCAGUCAGACACUGACCUCUAAACACACAUAAAAACUAAUUGUUCUACAUCACUAGGUUUGAUCUCUUGUAGUUUUGUUGGAUGCAAAGACUCAUGUCAACAAUGACUGUGUGAAAACUUUAGUCCUUUUCACUUGGGCUGAACUACUGAGGGACAGUAACAUCCAGAUAACAUUGGUCCACAGGCUGAAGCACAAAGUAUUUCUGUUUAAUUACUGCAACUUUUUUAUUAUUGUUCCUUUACUAGUUUUGAUGUUUAACAACCACCCUGCGGACAACUUUGUAAUAUUUUGUGAAGUAAUUAUGGCAUUAAGUUUUUGAUGACAGUGUACCCUGCUGUGAUACGUUAUCUCUCAAACACAGUACAGGAUCUGGACUGACCUGAACCUUUUCCAUCCAUUCAGUUUCCAUCCAUUCAGCUUCACAGCUCGUUGUUUACUGUACGUAUGUCCACUUCAAGGUUGUCUUUUACAGUCACCACAGAGCCACUCAUCUGUGCACUCACAGCAUAGUUGCACCCUACCUCGCAAAUACUUAUCUCUGAUAAUUGCUUUGACAAUUGCGGCUCUGCGUCGUGCUCAGUAACAGCAGGGCUGCAGCUAAUCAUUAUUUUCACUGUUGACCAACCUACUGAUUAUUUUCAAUCGAUUCGUUUGUAAACUGAGAAAAUCGUGAAAAAUGCCCAUUAUAACUCCCCGUGGUGCAAGAUUGUUUUGUCCAACCAACACUCCAAAACCCCCAAAAUAUCUGGUUUCCCAUGAUGGAAAACAAUGAUAAAGCAACAAAUCCUUACAUUUGAGACGCUUGAACCUGUGAUUU